AUGACUUUGGUCGAGCUGUAUCCCUUCCCAACUAGUACCAAUGGAGGAGGUAGCUCGAACGGGAGCGGGAACUCUCUAGUUUCUUCGACUACUCCUACCGCCAGUGGAGGAAGUGUAUCGGUAGUCGGAGAAAACUCCGUACCAUUGGUAACAUCCUCCACCAUUGCGACUGCGGCUUCCCCGGAGCCUGGUGGUCCAUUGAGUGCUUCACCACCAGCUUCCGCAUCGAACACCGUGGUUGUCCCUACAUCGUCCACGGUGUCCACGACUGUAUCGCCAGCAUCUUCAAAUGGAGUUUCGCUUUCGCCUCGUCCGGAUCAGCUGGGACCGAAGCCGCCUUCUCCGAGCAUCAUGUUUGUGGAGAGUUUCAAGCUAGACGACAUGCUCGAGUUGGAGAAUGUUGCUAACGGUAGCUUAAGCGAAAACGAUUCAGGAGGCUACCAGCUUGAUCAUGGUUCACUAUCUGAUCUGAUGGAUCAGGACUGCUCUUUAUGCCAAAGCAAAUUUACAUCCCCUCGCGUACUGUCUUGUUUGCAUGUGUUCUGCGAACCAUGCUUGGACAAGCUGUUGGCCGACAGCUCUGGCGUGGUGGCUGGAGAGAAAAGGCAGGAAAGCGGUAUGGGACCGAUUGUAUGUCCCAUUUGCAAGCAGCAGACGACUGUUGGUCCAAAAGGGGCAGCUGGGCUACAUCAGGACUACAUCCUGAGCAACGUACUGGACUUGUCGACGAUCGAACCAUCGCAGCUGGCGUGCACCUCGUGCAAGAGCAAGGAGAUGGCCAUUUCGCGCUGCAACGAUUGUGCCAACUUCCUUUGCGAUAGCUGCGAAUACGCCCAUCAGCACAUGCGCUGCUUUGAAGAUCAUAAGGUAGUGCAACUAAACGAUUUGCGCAAGUCAGCGGAAAAGGUGGCCAUCCACAAGCCGCUGUACUGCAGUGUGCAUACGACGGAAAACCUGAAAUACUUUUGCUUCAACUGUCAAACGCCAGUGUGCAACGAGUGUCUGAUUGGUGACCACAAGGGCAGCGAUCACAACUACCAGAUCAUCAGUGAGGCGGAAAAACCCAUGCGUCAGGAGCUGGAAAGCUCGAUGAAGGAUGCAAAGUCAAAAAUAGAAUACUGCGCUCAUGCGUCGAGCAAGCUUGAGUCGUCGUUGCAUGAGCUCCAGAGUCAGUUUGAGACAGCACGUGGGUUGAUUAACGAAUCGUUCCAAAGCUUCAAAGCCGCUCUCGAGCAGUGUUGUGAAAACGCUCUGAAAAAUCUUGAAAAGCUGCAUUCGGAGCGCGAACUAAAGAUCAUGGAUUUGUAUGAUAAUGUGGAAAAAUCGGUGGAAAAGAUUGAGGUCGCCACAAAGUAUGCGCGAAAGGUACUGGAUCAGGGCAACGGUCCUGAGCUGCUGAGCCUGAAGCACAUGAUAUGCACACAGUUGGCGCUGCUGAUGGGCACCACGCCGAAAGUCGAAGUGAACUUCUCGCUAGAGUUUCAAAGCAAUUAUGAGAAAUUUGAACAAAUUGUUCCGGAACUCUUCGGCACGUUUCGCACCGAGGCAACACUGCACCCGACUGCGAAUGAAUCCACUCCGCCUCCGACCUUACCGGGAGUGCCGAUCAUGGUGAACGAUGGUCAACCAGGUUCCGGAGGAAGCUGUGGUUUGACGCAGGGGCCGUUGACUGCCUCCGUCACGGCUUCCAGCCCUAUUUCGUUGCCCACAUCGAUGCAAUCAUCGUUCGAUGGAGACAUGCCAACUCUGGGCCCUGCUGGUGCCUACAUGCUACCUAAUGUGCUUACUCCAGAACCGCCAGGAUCGGUGACGGCUCCGAUUCCACCUAAUCCACUCAGUGCAACUCCUACACCAGUGGGGGCUGCAGGAGCUGGUCCGGGGUCAGCCACGCUUCCUGGGUUGAGCAGCAUCGCCGAGUACAAUCUGCACCGGUUGGCAAAUUUGGCCGACGCUUCUUCAAACGACAUGACCGAUUCCAUAGUCCCAGUAAAUAGUAAUGCGGGUGCGACACCGAAUUUCACUUUAGCCGAUCUUAUUUCCGGCAAACAACACGCCAUACAAGCCCUAGCCAAAUACUCGAUGGGCAACCAGGACAUGAGCAACGGCUCCAUGCUAACACCGCAUGCCAAUCUCGAUAGUGUGCCGCUGAUGAACGACUACUCAGUCAUGCCAGGGUCGACGUCGCCUAUACUUCCUGUUCCGACCAACAUGCCUUUGGAAGGUGCCGGUGUGUUGAACGGCGGUGGUGACAUGGCGAUGAGUCGCUUUCAGCCAUCGAUGUGCGUAAACGGCAGGAAUAAGGCGACACCCAUGCAGAUACGCUGCAAGUUUGGUUCAUUGGGUCAAACCAAGGGGCAGUUUAACUCACCACACGGUUUCUGCCUCGGAGUGGACGAAGAAAUCGUCGUCGCAGAUACAAACAAUCAUCGCAUCGAAAUUUUUGAGAAAAACGGAACGUUCAAGUUUUCGUUUGGUGUACCUGGUAAGGAGGAGGGCCAACUGUUUUACCCACGCAAGGUGGCCGUGAUGCGGACGAGCGCCAAGUUUGUCGUUUGCGAUCGUGGCAACGAACGGUCGCGUAUGCAAAUUUUCUCCAAAAAUGGUCAUUUCAUUAAGAAGAUUGCAAUCAGAUAUAUCGACAUCGUCGCCGGGUUGGCAGUCACCAACAAAGGCCUAAUUGUUGCCGUGGAUAGUGUUUCACCGACCGUUUUCAUCAUCUCCGAGGACGGUAAUCUCAUGCAUUGGUUCGACUGCAGCGAUUUUAUGCGUGAACCGUCAGACAUAGCGAUCAAUGGGACCGACUUCUUCGUGUGCGAUUUCAAAGGUCACUGCGUGGCCGUAUUUUCCGAGGAGGGAACGUUCAAGUAUAGGAUCGGAAGUGAGAAAAUUACUUGCUUCCCGAAUGGUAUUGAUAUCUCUGAUGCUGGCGAUGUGCUGAUAGGUGAUUCGCAUGGAAACCGGUUCCAUGUGGCAUGCUAUUCAAAGGACGGCCAAUUACAGUCGGAAUUCGAGUGUCCCUACGUUAAGGUAUCGCGAUGCUGCGGACUGAAAAUCACUUCGGAAGGCUAUGUUGUUACAUUAGCCAAGAACAAUCACCACGUACUUGUUCUGAACACACUCUACAUUCAGUGA